AAGGAAAUGUCUGACCACCACAGCAGCCCUCUACUGGCAGAACCUCUUUCCAGCAGAUACAAACUCUACGAAUCAGAGUUUACCAGCCCUAACUGGCCCUCAGGCUCCCAGGACACACAUCCAGCCUUGCCCCUCCUGGAAAUGCCUGAAGAAAAGGAUCUUCGGUCAUCCAACGAAGAUAGCCACAUUGUGAAAAUUGAAAAGCCCAAUGAAAGGAGUAAAAGGAGAGAAAGUGAGGUGGCCUGUCAGGGCUCUGCAGGCCAUGGGGGCAUCAACCUCUUCCAGGCGGUGGGCUACCUCACAGGCGAGAAGAAGGAGUGGAGGAGCUGGCUGAAAGAUAAGCCCCUGGCCCUCCAGUUCAUAGACUGGGUCCUGAGGGGUGCUGCUCAGGUGAUGUUCGUCAACAACCCUCUUAGCGGGCUCAUCAUCUUCAUUGGACUUCUGAUCCAGAAUCCCUGGUGGACAAUUACUGGGGGCCUGGGAGAUGUGGUCUCGACCUUAACUGCCCUUGCCUUGAGCCAGGACAGGUCCGCCAUCGCCUCUGGACUGCACGGGUACAACGGGAUUCUGGUGGGGCUGCUGAUCGCGGUGUUCUCUGACAAGUUAGACUACUACUGGUGGCUUCUGUUUCCUGUGACCUUCGCUUCCAUGGCCUGCCCAGUUAUUUCUAGUGCCUUGAAUUCCAUCUUCAGCAAGUGGGACCUCCCGGUCUUCACCUUGCCCUUCAACGUUGUGGUGACCCUAUACCUGGCAGCCACAGGCCACUAUAACCUCUUCUUCCCCACGACACUGGUGGAGCCUGUGUCUUCAGUGCCCAACAUCACCUGGACAGAGAUUGAAAUGCCCUUGCUGUUACAAGCCAUACCCAUUGGGGUGGGCCAGGUGUACGGCUGUGACAAUCCCUGGACAGGCGGCGUGUUCCUGGUGGCUCUGUUCAUCUCCUCACCCCUCAUCUGCUUGCAUGCGGCCAUUGGCUCAAUCGUGGGGAUGCUAGCAGCCCUGUCGGUGGCCACGCCCUUUGAGACAGUCUACUUGGGCCUCUUGAGCUACAACUGCGUCCUUUCCUGCAUCACCGUUGGAGGCAUGUUCUACGCCCUCACCUGGCAGACCCGCCUGCUGGCCCUCUUCUGUGCCCUGUUCUGUGCGUACACAGGAGCAGCCCUCUCCAAUAUAAUGUCUGUGUUAAGUGUUGGCAUGCCACUAGGCACCUGGGCCUUCUGCAUCUCCACCCUCAUCUUCCUGCUCCUGACGACCAACAACCCCGCCAUCUACAAGCUCCCACUCAGCAAAGUCACCUACCCAGAGGCCAAUCGCAUCUACUUCCUGACAAUGAAAAGCAGUGAAGAAGAGAAGUCCCCCAGUGGUGGCAGUGGGGAGAAGCCACCAACGGCGGGGGUCCCAAAGGCCAACGAGGGCUCGGAGGCCGUGCUUCCCAAACGCAGAAGUGUGUUCCACAUCGAGUGGUCGUCCAUUCGGAGGAGGAGCAAGGUGUUUGGAAAAGGUGACCACCAGGAGAGAGCAACCAAAGACUCACUUCCCUAUCAAUACCGGAAGCCCACCCUGGAGCUGCUUGAGCUGGACACCAUGGAGGAGAGCUCCGAGAUCAAGGUAGAAACAAAUAUUUCUAAGAUGUCCUGGAUUCAGAGCUCCAUGGCUGCCGGUGGGAAAAUGGUCAGCAGAGCCCUCAGUUACAUCACAGGAGAGAUGAAGGAGUGUGGAGAGAGCCUUAAAGACGAAUCCCCCGCGUUCCAGUUUCUCGACUGGGUCCUCCGGGGCACGUCCCAGGUGAUGUUUGUCAACAACCCCCUCAGUGGCAUCCUCAUCGUUCUCAGCCUCUUUGUCCAGAACCCGUGGUGGGCUAUCUCAGGCUGCUUAGGAACCAUUGUCUCCACGCUGACAGCCCUCAUCCUGAGCCAGGACAAAUCCGCCAUUGCUGCAGGACUCCAUGGGUACAACGGGGUGCUGGUGGGGCUGCUCAUGGCUGUGUUCUCUGACAAAGGUGACUAUUACUGGUGGCUUCUGCUCCCUGUCAUCGUGAUGUCCAUGUCUUGCCCUGUCCUCUCCAGUGCCCUGGGCACCAUCUUCAGCAAGUGGGACCUCCCGGUCUUCACACUGCCCUUCAACAUCGCGGUGACCCUCUACCUGGCAGCCAAGGGCCACUACAACCUCUUCUUCCCCACAACACUGGUGGAGCCCGUGUCUUCAGUGCCCAACAUCACCUGGUCAGAGGUCCAAGUGCCGCUGCUUUUGAGAGCCAUCCCUGUUGGAAUCGGCCAAGGGUAUGGCUGCGAUAACCCCUGGACUGGAGGCAUUUUCCUCAUCUCUUUGUUCAUAUCCUCACCUCUUGUUUGCUUGCACGCGGCAAUUGGAUCCGCCAUGGGGAUGCUAGCAGCUCUCACUAUCGUGACACCCUUCGACUCCAUCUUCUUUGGCCUGUGUGGCUUUAACAGCACCCUCGCGUGCAUCGCAAUAGGGGGUAUGUUCUACGUCAUCACCUGGCAGACCCACCUCCUUGCCAUUGCCUGUGCACUGUUUGCGGCCUACCUGGGUGCUGCCCUGGUUAACAUGUUGCCUGUGUUUGGAUUACCACCCUGCACGUGGCCCUGCUGCCUCUCAGCACUCACCUUCCUGCUGCUGACAACCAACAACCCUGCCAUCUACAAGCUUCCACUCAGCAAAGUCACCUACCCGGAGGCCAAUUGCAUCUACUACCUGUCCCAGGAAAGAAACAGAAGGGCAUCCACCAUAACCAAGUACCAGGCCUAUGAUGUCUCCUAA